AUGCAGGCAUUUGCCUCGAUUCGAGCUCAAUUUGAGGGCAAUAGUGUUGCUUUUGUGCGAUGGCGAUUGCCGUCGUCAAGUGCCACUGAACACCAAGGAAACACAGAGAAAUCAAUUCUGUCAGAUCAUCGCGCUUACUGGGGCUAUGAGAAAUGUCUUCAAGUAAAGCUUACAAUUGAUAGGGCAUUAGUCCUUCAUGAGUGCGAUAUCACCUUUGAAGUCAUACAAGAGUUCACCUCGUCGGCCAUCUCCCAAAAGAAUGUGCUGGGCAAAAUCAAACUCAAUCUUGCCGAAUACGUGGACAAGACCGACGAGGAUGAGGGCAUUAUUCGGCGGUAUCUGAUGAACGAAAGCAAAGUGAACAGCACUGUCAAAAUCGGAAUUGCAAUGCGCCAGCUAGAAGGAGACCGCAACUUCACAACACCACAUCUGAAGUCUGCCACCGUGUUCGGAGGAAUCGCCGGGGUGAUUCAUCCCACCGAGCAGCCGAUCGACGCCGAUGAACUUGGUCGGUUACCCUCAAUUGAUACCAAGAGCCGGGAGAUUGCGGAUAUGCAAGAUAUGUAUCGGCGAACUUUGGCAGCAUCGUGGUCCUCCAGAGCCGGUGAUCUACCUGCCGAUAAGCUGAUCGAAGAACUGUUUGCUGGAAGCUCUUGCUGGAAAAAUGACGCACACAAUGCCAACGCCGAAAUUUCAACGAAAGGGCAUCGAGACUCUCUGCUGACUCAAGAGACAGCCCCAAGGCAAAGCCGCUCUGGCCGCUCUGGUAAAAUGUUGUCCCCGAGCUUCGAGCGGCGCCCCAAAAGUUCUUCCAGUAACCGAUCAAGCAGUAGGAGCAAGACCCCAGACUCUCUUGCUGCACUUGGGCAUUCAAAGAAAGGUGGAAGCCUUGAGCAGCAGCUUUAUGAGGGGGUAAAAAGCCGAGGAUGGAAAAUACCAGACACAAGCAAUGAGCUUUCCGAGUUCGACGUGAGGGAUGACUUACGCAGCUGGGAGGCUGUACCGAGAGAAUGA